UUUCUAAGUCCCUCCCCUAAAUCAGGGAACAAAGAUCUAACUAACUUGCUUGUUCAAUGCUAAAUACUUGAUUGAUCCCCAAAGCACUGAACAACAUGGGGUCCUACAACCAGUCAAACUUCCAACGGUUGCUUUCUUUCACCAAGCUCUUAACCUCCCAUGUCAGCCAAGGUCGUCAUGACGAAGCCCUUUCCCUCUUCCACCACAUGCAGACCUCACUGGCUCUAUCUCUCGACCCCCAUGUCUUCUCUCUUGUUCUCAAGUCCUGCUCCGCCGUCCACCGCCCGCAACUCGGCGUAUCCGUCCAUGCCCAUGUCGCCAAAUCUUCCAUCCUAUCAAACCCAUUUGUGGCUUCUGCUCUUGUCGACAUGUAUGGCAAGUGCGUGUUAUUGUCGACCGCACGCAACCUGUUUGAUGAAAUUGCUCACAGGAAUGUUGUUGUGUGGAAUGCUAUGAUAUCACUUUAUACGCGUAACGGUAAUGUGUUCGAUGCUUUGGGAUUGUUUGACGCAAUGGAUGUUGAACCCGAUGUGUCAACUUUUAAUACCAUUAUAUCUGGUAUGUCAGGAUUGGAUGAUGGGUCGUUUAAGGCUGUCGAGUUCUAUAGGAAAAUGAGAGCGUGCGGAAGGGAACCGGAUUUAAUAACGCUGCUUGCUCUGUUACGUGCUUUUGUUGAUAUAGCGGCUUUAAGGUUUAUUAAGGAAAUUCAUGGUUAUGAUGUGAGAAAUGAGAUUGACUCACAUUCCCAAUUGAGUAGUGGCCUAGUAGAGGCCUACGGGCGCUGUGGUUGUCUUGCAAAUGCGCGUAAUCUGUUCCGCUAUAUGAAGAAAAAGGAUGUGGUUGCAUGGAGUAGUCUGAUGUCUGCGUAUGCACUUCAUGGGGAGGCAAGAACUGCAUUGGAAAUUUUCAGAGAGAUGGAAUUGGGGAAAGUAGAGCCUGAUGAGAUUACUUUUCUUGUGGUACUGAAGGCGUGCAGCCAUGCUGAAGGAUUAGCAGAUGAAGCACUGCAUUAUUUUGGUCGGAUGCAUGAGGAUUAUGGUGUGCAAGCAAAUAGUGAUCACUAUUCUUGUUUAGUAGAUGUUCUGAGCAGAGCAGGGAGGUUGCAUGAGGCAUAUGAGGUCAUAAGGAAAAUGCCAGUGAAGGUGACUGCUAAAGCUUGGGGUGCUCUUCUUUCAGCAUGUAGAACUUACGGAGACUUGGACCUUGCUGAGAUUGCAGGGAAAGCUCUGUCCGAAAUUGAACCUGAUAAUCCUGCCAAUUAUUUACUAUUGGCAAGAAUGUAUUCUGGCUUAGGCAGGCAUGAGGAAGCGCAACGAAUGAGAAGGAAAAUGAAGGAGAAGGGAGUGAAGGCAUCAUCUGGCACUAGUUGGGUGGUUUAUCAAGACUAAUUUCAGGUGUUGGGAAGUUAUCAGGUUUCGCCUUACUGCGAACAGCUUUCUUUCGCCUGUCAAAUAUCUGACCCUAAUCUACGACAUUGAGAACGAAGAAGCAGCGUUUUUGGGAGAGAUCAGAUGAUGAGGAAGGAAUUUCUUUUCGAACCAGUGGCAAGCUUCAAGAUGUCUUCAUUUUUUCAACACGAAUUUUCUGGUUUUUUACUGAAAUUUGAAGACGGUGAAGAGUGAAGAUACAUUGAGUUGCUUUAGGUCCCCGGAUGUAUAUGUAAAAAUAUAUUCUUAAGAGUUAUUUUGCGCUGCGUGGAUAAAGAACGCACGCAGUUACAACGAUCCAACAGAAGUGUCUCUGUCUAGAAUUGUUCAUCACUUUUUCAAUACCGAAUUUCUGAAUGACUCAACUCAACAUUGUAUGUGAGCUGCCUUGUUGAAUCAAGGGCUUUCAUU